AUGCAACAACCAAACAAUAAAUUUUAAGUCAUCCAAUCAUGACUGGACGGAAGUAUCAAGAGGACACCAGUUGAAAUUAAAAAGAAUCACAGCGAGAACAAACAAGCGAUUGCAUUACUUCACAAAUCGUGUCUUGUUUUCAGAAAGUUUCUGUAAUUUCCUCCGACAAGAAGGCUAUGUCUUCAGUUGCACCAUGUUGUAAUGAGUCUGUAUGUAGGUUGAUAUUGCAUUGAGAAUUACACAGGAAUAUACAUGUACAAGAAGUUUCAUUCAGACGGCGGCAUUACGGCUCAUUCCGCGUCUCUUGUGAAGGGAUAUUAGGAAGGUGGCACGAAUUUUUUAUUCCUGCUGAUUCGGUUUGAGUGUGAAUUUCGAAGGCCCUCUAAGAAAAUCUGUGCUUAUGUGUUUCAGACAAAAACGGAGCAGCCCGAAAGCGAAGAUCUGCUUUGUUUGAGAGUAGCUAAACAAUAAUAUUUAUUAAUAUACAACACCUAACCCCCAUGACCCUGUAGUCGUCAACACAAAGUAGACAAACUAAGAACGUGCUAAAGCUCAAAGUCCACUCGCAAUACCGCUGGGUAAGACUCGAAUUCAGAGGACAAACAGUUGAACUGUUGAUAUCAUCAUUGCUGUCGUCAAAUAGGCAUCGCAGAGCUACAAUUUCUUCAAGCCAACGAACCAAGUUCUAUCUGACGCUUAAAGGCUGUUCCAUAAUCUUUGAACGAUCUCACCACUAAAACGUGACCAUCAUGGAUAUGCCGAUGUCUUUCUACUUCUCCAGCCGUGCUACCAUAUUGUUUGAGGGCUGGUCAGUUCAGGAUGUGGUGGGUGUGGUCUUCAGUGUGGUGGGGAUCGUGUGUAUAGCAGCUCUGAUGGAGGGACUGACGCGUUUUGUGUGGUGGCUGGGGAAAAGGAGACAAGAAGGCCUCUUGGAUGUGAGAAAUGGUGGCCGCUUGCAGACGUCUCCACAUAAACAGGGGUUGAUGUACCACCUGGCGCAGUCCCUGCUCCACGUGCUGCAGGUGGUGCUGGCCUACUGUCUGAUGCUGGUGGUCAUGACCUACAACGGCUGGCUGGCCAUCGCAGUCUUCCUGGGUGCCGGCCUGGGUUACUUCGUCUUUUCAGCAGAUAUGGGUGUAAGAGUGGAAACUGUCGACAUACUGCCCAACGCAAAACAGGUGUGAAAAACAUGGUCAUCCGUUACCCGUGUGCUUUCAGUAAAGAAAGUGGUCGAUGUUCACCAUUAGAGGGACGGAAAUAGAGAGUUUAACUUUUCGCGCAAUUUGCCGCGAUGAGUGGGGAUACGUUUAAGACCGCAUCCUCACUGCAAUGCUACCUAGCAGUGAGCAGUAGAACUAACUACCCCGCCCAAGGUGGGGUAACGACCUUCGGAAGCGGACCAAAUAGCUAACAAGGCUGGAUUCCACGCUUAAGUACAACCAGUUAGUAUUGCUCUGAUGACCUUAACGUCAGGACUAUCGAAAUGUUGACUGGUAAAUCAUUUUGAUUGUACAACCAAGAACUGCAUUACCUGCAUUAUUUUUGUAAGUUGAUGUAUCAUUGCAAUGAGAUUCUUUAAUGAUGAGGAGGUUAUGACUGUUUUUAAUUGACAUGUAAAUAAUGAUCACUGUAUGUACUAGUAUGAUGUCUGUAUGAAAUCCAGGAAGAUUAGUGGCGUGCCCCAGGUCACGUCACUAAUGGAUUUUCAA